GCCCCUUCCCUCGCCAUGCUCUCUCUUCCCACAUGGAAGUGCCCUGAGUGGACAUUCAAUGCCACCUUGGUGAACACCAGCUCCCCCGACUUCAUCGAGGAAUGGCAGAGGAGGAUCCGAGAGUUGCAGGGCGCUGUCAUGGUGGCUUCCUGUGUCCAGAUGCUGGUGGGCUUCUCAGGCCUCAUCGGUUUCCUCCUGCGCUUCAUCGGCCCCUUGACCAUUGCGCCCACCAUCUCCCUGGUGGCUUUGCCCCUCUUUGACUCUGCAGGCAAUGAUGCUGGCCUCCACUGGGGCAUCUCUGCCUUGACUGUCUUCCUUAUCGUGCUCUUCUCGCAGUACCUGAGGAAUGUGCCAGUACCUGUGCCUGUGUGUAGCCGGCAGAAGAAGUGUCAGACCUCCAGGUUCUAUCUGUUCCAGGUUUUCCCUGUGCUGCUGGCCCUUUGCCUCUCCUGGCUACUCUGCUUCAUCCUCACGGUCACCCACACCCUCCCUUCUGACCCCUCAGCCUAUGGGUUCCAAGCCCGCACUGACACCAAGGGUGACGUGCUAAACCAGGCUCCCUGGUUCCGCUUCCCCUACCCAGGACAGUGGGGGAUGCCCACCAUCAGCCUGGCUGGGGUCUUUGGGAUCAUCGCUGGUGUCAUUUCUUCCAUGGUGGAGUCUGUUGGCGAUUACUAUGCCUGUGCCCGACUGGUGGGGGCCCCACCUCCUCCCAAGCAUGCCAUCAACCGUGGCAUUGGCAUUGAAGGCCUCGGCUGCCUGCUGGCUGGGGCAUGGGGCACAGGCAAUGGUACCACAUCCUACAGUGAGAAUGUCGGGGCGCUGGGCAUCACCAGGGUCGGGAGCAGGAUGGUGAUCGUGGCGGCGGGCUUCGUGCUGCUCAUCAUGGGUGUGUUUGGGAAAAUAGGGGCAGCUUUUGCCACCAUCCCAACCCCUGUGAUUGGAGGCAUGUUCCUGGUGAUGUUUGGGAUGAUCACAGCUGUGGGCAUUUCCAAUCUGCAGUAUGCAGAUAUGAACUCGUCCAGAAACCUCUUUGUCUUCGGCUUCUCCAUCUACUGUGGGCUCGCCAUCCCCAACUGGGUAAACAAGCACCCUGAGAAACUCCACACAGGAAUUCUCCAGCUGGACCAGGUCGUCCAGGUGCUCCUGACCACCGGCAUGUUUGUGGGGGGCUUUCUGGGCUUCCUCCUGGACAACACCAUUCCGGGAAGCCAGGAGGAGCGUGGCCUCUUGGCCUGGAGUCAGAUCCAGGAGAACUCUGAGGAGCCCACCCGGGCCGCCGAGGUCUAUGGCUUCCCCUGCGGGCUGGGCUCCAGGACCUGCGUACAUAGUUCUUGUACACGGUGGCUGCCCUUCUGGCCCCGCCUGGCGGAGCACAAGGUGGGAGUGAGCCAGCUGGACCUCUGUCCCCAGGGCACCCACCAAACUAGGAUGUGA